AUGAUCUCGACGGUAUCAACGGUGUCAAGACGGACGUUCUCAAGCCAAACGGCCCGCGUAUUCCAGAAAUUCAUAUCGCCAAAUGAGCUAAUUGCCAAAACAGCACAGCAACAAGUUGAAGAUGAAGCGUUCCGUAAUCAACUUCUUCACGAAACCACCAAACCAUACGAGCCACGCACAUUCAGCUCGCAUGAGACAUACAGCGAGAACAACAAGAGACCGGUCCCCCUCAACGUUGAGCUUUUGAAAUACAAACCCUUGCGCCACGCCAAGACUCACGGAGACGAGGUUUGCACUUUGACCUUGCGCGGGUAUAACGAGCCCGAUUUGGAACGCAUGGGUGAAUUUGCGUUGCGAUGUGGCUAUUAUCUCGGUAUACCCAUGUCUCAUUUGAUGAGAGUCAAGACGGAGAACAGAUUAUAUACCGUGAUCAAGUCGCCUUUUGCCCAAGCUAAAACCAAACAGAACUUCCAUCGCACUACAUAUAAUAAAAAGUUGAUUGCUUACGAUGCAACUGCGGAAGUUGUUGAUUUGUGGUUGAGUUACUUGAACAAGUACAAGUUUGACGAUGUUGAAAUGAAGGCUACGGUGUCGGUUUACGAGAGCUUGGAUUAUAACCAGCUGUUGCAACUGCAAGAGUUGGAGUUGCCUGCUGCGUAUAACGGGAUACUGGAUCCCGUAGCGUUGAAAGUGAAGGAGUUGUUGGGCUCGGAAGAGUUUAGGAAACACUUGUGA